ACCUGUAUCUUAGUUGUCUUUCCCUCUUUCUCCGAAACCUCUACGCUUCUCCUUUCACCCUUCCCUAUAUAUUCCCUUCGACUCCGCCAACAUUCUCACUCCCCCUGUUUCCGCCAACAUCUUCCACAUGGCUAAACCUUCGGCUUCAGCAUCUGCAAAUCCUUCAACGGGUUUCGAGGAUUUCUUGCCUAUCAUGGCUAACAAGCUUGGAGGGGAAGGUCUCAUUGGUGAACUCUGCAAUGGGUUUAAUUUGUUGAUGGACAGUGAAAAAGGGGUGAUCACCUUCGACAGCCUGAAGAAGAAUUCGGCAUUGUUGGGUUUACAGGAUUUGAGUGAUGAUGAUUUGAGGUGUAUGGUGAAAGAAGGAGAUUUCGAUGGCGAUGGUGCGCUUAACCAGAUGGAGUUUUGUGUUCUGAUGUUUAGGUUAAGCCCAGAGUUAAUGGAAGCGUCUGGGUUUUUCUUGGAAGAAGCUUUUGCAACAUGAUUUCAAGGAUUUUAUUUAAUCCCCUUCAUUUUGCUCUUUCUUUCUUGUAAUGAAAUUGUAGAAUUUGAGAUCAGAAAUUUGCUUUUUGUCA